ACGACAUGAAAUGGUACCGCUUUGAUAUGAGGAGAGGCGCGUUGGCGGACGGACACGCGCCUUCCGGUAACGGCUCGGUUCGGUUUUCCCCCAACCUGGUUUUCAGAUUUGGAGAGGCCUCAGCUGGCCGGUGAAAGUCGGUGGGGGACAGAUGGAGGACUACGUGAAAAUAGAGAAAAUCGGAGAAGGGACAUACGGGGUGGUGUACAAAGGCCGGCACAAGUCCACGGGACAGGUGGUGGCCAUGAAGAAGAUCCGCCUGGAGAGUGAGGAGGAGGGAGUUCCCAGCACCGCUGUCAGGGAGGUGUCGCUGCUUCAGGAGCUGAAGCACCCCAACGUCGUCCGGCUCUUGGAUGUCCUGAUGCAGGAAUCUCGCCUCUACCUGAUCUUUGAGUUCCUGUCCAUGGACCUGAAGAAGUACCUGGAUAGCAUCCCGUCAGGACAGUACAUGGACCCCAUGCUGGUCAAGAGCUACCUCUAUCAGAUCCUUGAGGGCAUUUACUUCUGUCACCGAAGGCGGGUCCUCCACCGCGACCUGAAGCCCCAGAACCUUCUGAUUGAUAACAAGGGCGUCAUCAAACUGGCAGACUUUGGCUUGGCCCGGGCCUUCGGUGUUCCCGUCCGGGUCUACACCCACGAGGUUGUGACUCUGUGGUAUCGAGCUCCUGAGGUCCUUCUGGGUUCCCCCCGAUAUUCAACCCCAGUGGACGUGUGGAGCACGGGUACCAUCUUUGCUGAACUCGCCACCAAGAAGCCCCUGUUCCACGGAGACUCCGAGAUCGACCAGCUCUUCAGGAUCUUUAGGACUCUGGGGACCCCCAACAAUGACGUUUGGCCGGAUGUGGAGAGCCUGCCUGACUACAAAAACACUUUCCCCAAAUGGAAGGAGGGCAGCCUGUCCUCCAUGGUGAAGAACCUGGACAAGAACGGCCUGGACCUGCUGGCGAAAAUGUUGAUCUACAAUCCUCCCAAGAGGAUCUCUGCACGUGAGGCCAUGACCCACCCAUACUUUGAUGACCUGGACAAGUCCACGCUGCCCGCCGCCUGCAUCAACGGCGUCUGAAGGCCUGAGCCCCCCCGUUCUUCUGUAAAUACUUGUGUGUUUGUGUUGGAAAUAUUUUCCAGAAAAAUGUGUGAAUAAAGGUUUUCAUCAAGUGUU